AUGGCCUCAGGCUCGACCGAUAAGACCAUUAAGCUCUGGGACGCCAAGACCGGUCUGGAACUCCAGUCGCUUGAGGGCCAUUCAGAUUCGAUUUGGUCUGUGGCCUUCUCCCCGGAUGGUCAGACUGUGGCCUCAGGCUCAGAUGAUAAGACCAUCAAGCUCUGGAAUACCCUGAGCGGCCUGGAACGCCGGACUCUCGAAGGCCAUUUAGGUUCGGUUCUGUCUGUGGCUUUCUCCCCGGAUGGUCAGACUGUGGCCUCAGGCUCAGGUGAUAAGACCAUCAAGCUCUGGGAUAUCAAGAUCGGCCUGGAACGCCAGACGCUCGAGGGCCAUUUAGGUUCGGUCCGGUCUGUGGCUUUCUCUCCAGAUGGUCAGACUGUGGCCUCAGGCUCAGGUGAUAAGACCAUCAAGCUCUGGGAUACCAAGACCGGCCGGGAACUCCAGACGCUCGAGGGCCAUUCAGAUUCGGUUCGGUCUGUGGCCUUCUCCCCGGAUGGUCAGACUGUGGCCUCAGGCUCAGAUGAUAAGACCACCAAGCUCUGGGAUGCCCAGAGCGGUCUGGAACUCCAGUCGCUUGAGGGCCAUUCAGAUUCAGUUUGCUCUGUGGCCUUCUCCCCGGACGGUCAGACAGUGGCCUCAGGAUCCGACGAUGAGACCAUCAAGCUCUGGGAUGCCAAGACUGGCCUGGAACAUCUCGCACUUAAGGGCCAUUUAUCUUUAGUUCUGUCUGUGGCCUUCUCCCCGGACGGUCAGACUGUGGCCUCAGGCUCCACCGAUAAGACCAUUAAGCUCUGGGACGCCAAGACCAUCCUGCAACGCCAGACGCUCGAGGGCCAUUCAGCUUGGGUUCAGUCUGUAGCCUUUUCCCUAGACAGUCAGACUGUAGCCUCAGGCUCCAAUGAUAAGACGAUCAAGCUCUGGGAUACCAAGACCGGCCAGGAACGCCAGACGCUUGAGGGCCAUUUAGAUUCGGUUCUGUCUGUAGCCUUGUCCCCGGAUGGUCAGACUGUGGCCUCAAGCUCCCACGAUAACACCAUCAAGCUCUGGGAUGCUAAGACCGGCCUGGAACUCCAGACACUCAAGGGCCAUUCAGAUUCGAUUUGGUCUGUAGCCUUCUCCCCGGAUGGUCAGAUUGUGGCCUCAGGCUCAGGUGAUAAGACCAUCAAGCUCUGGGAUGCCCAGAGUGGCCUGGAACACCGGACGCUUAAGGGCCAUUCAGAUUCGGUUGUGUCUGUGGUUUUCUCCCCGGAUGGUCACACUGUGGCCUCAGGCUCCCAUGAUAACACCAUCAAGCUCUGGGAUGCCAAAACCGGUCUGGAACUCCAGACACUCAAGGGCCAUUCAGGUUCGGUUCGGUCUGUGGCCUUCUCCCCGGAUGGUCAGACUGUGGCCUCAGGCUCUAUUAAUAAGAUCAUCAAGCUCUGGGAUACCAAGACUGGCCUAGAAUGCCAGACGCUAGAGGGCCAUUUAGAUUCACUCUGGGAUGCCAAGACCGGCCUGGAACUCCAGACCCUCGAGGGCCUUUCCGAUUGGGUUGAGUCUGUGGCCUCCAGCGAUGACUGCAAAGAUAAUGAUGGCAUCCCAACUUCACAUACCCGUGUCCCUCAAAUAUCUCUGGUAAACUACUGGGUGAUUGUUGGAGCUGAACCCCAGGGUGUACUCCAAGUCCAAGACAGCGCCAGCGCAUGGAAAGUGGUGCCUGUUUCUAAACACGGCAGCCGUUCCGUGCUAGAUACCAAGGAAUACUUCGAGAAACCUGAACAGCCAGAGCUUGCUUUUGAUGUUUUGCAUGUUUUUGACGACUUUCAUCAAGAUUCACUCAAGUGA